UGCACGUGCAGAAAGCAAGCUGCAGGGAUUAUCGCGACGUCCCAAGCUUGUGACAUUUUCUCGCCCGCCGCCAGCUCCAGUCUCCGUUUGCAUGAAGAGGCUAGUUCUGUCACCACUGCGGCCCUCCCGUCCACCACUCCGUCUGCCUCUGCACAGAGCUUCCAUUCGUUCUGUCAACUCCCCAAACAAGGCAAAGACCACCAACGACAUCUUCCAGCGCCUCGUGGCCAGCAACCCCCACCUCUACCGACCUCUGCUGCAGCAAAUGACCUCGGAGCCUUCAUCGAAGCGACAAAAGAUGGCCGACGGCACCGCAGCGCCAGUCAUUGGCACCCACAACGGCCACUUCCACGCCGACGAAGCCCUAGCAGUUUACUUGCUCCGUCUGCUGCCUGACUACAAAGGCGCAUCCUUGAUCAGAACUCGCGACUCCGAAGUGCUCAAGACAUGCACCAUUGUCGUUGAUGUGGGUGGUGUGCACGACGAUGCCAUCUUCCGCUACGACCACCACCAGCGCGAAUUCAAAGCUACUUUCCCUGGCAAGAACACCAAGCUUUCAUCAGCAGGACUGGUGUGGAUGCACUAUGGCAAGAGAAUCGUGUCGGCCGUGACAGGGCUGGACGUGGCCAGUUCGGAGAACGAGCUGCUGUAUCAGAAGCUAUACGAGGACUUUGUGCAGGCGUUCGACGCCAAUGACAAUGGUAUCUCGGUGUACGACCCUGCUGAGAUCAGAAAGGCAGGCAUCGAGAAGAAGACAUCGGACAAGGGCUUCAGCAUUGCCAGCGUGGUCGGUCGCUACAAUCACGCACCUGUCACACCUGCUGCAAACAAUAUCAACGCCAAUGGGUUCGUCCAAACCAGCAAGGCCGCAGAUCAGGCUGAUGAGGAUGCCCGCUUCGCUCGUGCUUCCGCUUUUGUGGGCGAGCAAUUCUCCAUUGAGCUCAGCGACAAAUUUCUGGCGUGGCUACCCGCUCGUAACGUGGUCGCGCAAGCCUUCAACUCCAGGCACGCAGUAGACCCGCAAGGCCGUAUUCUCGUGGUGCCCUGGAAGGACGGCGGUGUUCCGUGGAUGGACCACUUGUAUGCGCUCGAGGAAGAGACUGGUGCACAAGGUAGCGUUCUGUAUGCACUUUUCGCCGAGAGUGGAGAACAGGACAGCAAGUGGCGUAUCCGAGCUGUCAGUCUCGAGCCUGGCAGCUUCGAGAACCGAAAGGGACUUCCUGAGGCAUGGAGAGGUGUGCGCGAUGACGAGCUCAGCAAGCUUUCUGGCGUUCCUGGCAGCAUCUUUGUGCACGCUGCCGGCUUCAUCGGUGGCAACCAGACCUUUGAUGGAGCCCUCGAGAUGGCAAAGAAGGCUCUGGAGAUGUAAGCGAGUUGCGGUUUCGCCAUUUUGUGAUAUCGACAUCGCUCUCAGAGGCUAUGACUCCGAGAUGUGCAAGAGAAGUUAUGCAUUUGCCAGAAACCAAAAGUGGCCGCCCAUGAGACGACUUUUCUCGACCAAGAAUAUCCUUGCAACCUAGAGACCAGAUUUUGAUGCUCUUCAAGGCGAUUCCUAUUUUGCACCGCGAGAUAGCGCUGCUAACAGCCACCGCCAAAGAUCUUUGGAUUAAAACAUAACGUAGGCUGUGUCCUCGGUUGGCUACACCAACUCGGUUACGUAGCAAAACAGUAGAGGGAACUCAACCCACACCUCAGGUGUCAAUGGCCCUUACCAGAAUUAACAGCGUUCUCCGGAAUGCACAGGCUUGAGCGGUAAGUAAUACCCACAUCGCAUAUGCAGUGUUCAAAGCGGGUAGGUGAAGCAAAUAUUGAAAAACACCAAAUCACAUGCG